CCAAUGCUGCCGUGCUUGUAUAAAUGUGGAAGCACCGCCCUGCCAUUCAGCAGUUGUUGCAUCGACCCCGUUGGGUACAACACGCAACCCAAACGCCUUUGUCAAAAGAAAAAAAAUCUUUUUCUUCCUCCUCUCUCCUGCUUUGAGCUCUAGAAGAAAACAUGCGCGAGUGUAUCUCCAUCCACGUUGGUCAGGCUGGUGUCCAGAUCGGAAAUGCAUGCUGGGAGCUGUACUGCCUGGAACACGGUAUCCAGCCGGACGGACAGAUGCCCAGCGACAAGACACUGGGAGGUGGAGAUGAUUCCUUCAACACCUUCUUCAGCGAGACUGGAGCUGGAAAACACGUCCCCAGAGCCGUCUUUGUGGACUUGGAGCCCACUGUCAUUGAUGAGGUGCGCACUGGAACCUACCGCCAGCUCUUCCACCCCGAGCAGCUGAUCACUGGCAAGGAGGAUGCCGCCAACAACUACGCACGUGGACAUUACACCAUUGGCAAGGAAAUCAUUGACCUGGUGCUAGAUAGGAUUCGUAAAUUGGCUGACCAGUGUACAGGCCUCCAGGGUUUCUUGGUGUUCCACAGUUUUGGAGGCGGCACUGGUUCCGGUUUCACCUCCCUGCUGAUGGAACGUCUGUCCGUGGACUAUGGCAAGAAGUCCAAACUGGAGUUCUCCAUCUACCCUGCUCCUCAGGUGUCUACCGCCGUGGUGGAGCCCUACAACUCCAUCCUGACCACUCACACCACCCUGGAGCACUCCGAUUGCGCCUUCAUGGUGGACAACGAGGCCAUCUACGACAUCUGCCGCAGGAACCUCGACAUCGAGCGCCCCACUUACACCAACCUGAACAGGCUGAUCAGUCAGAUCGUUUCCUCCAUCACCGCCUCCCUUCGCUUCGAUGGUGCCCUCAAUGUGGAUCUGACAGAGUUCCAGACCAACUUGGUGCCCUACCCCCGUAUCCACUUCCCCCUGGCUACCUACGCCCCUGUCAUCUCCGCUGAGAAGGCUUACCACGAGCAGCUCUCUGUGGCAGAAAUUACCAACGCCUGUUUCGAGCCAGCCAAUCAAAUGGUCAAAUGCGACCCUCGUCACGGCAAGUACAUGGCCUGCUGCUUGCUCUUCCGUGGCGAUGUGGUGCCCAAAGAUGUCAACGCAGCCAUUGCCACCAUCAAAACCAAGCGCACCAUCCAAUUUGUGGACUGGUGUCCCACUGGUUUCAAGGUAGGCAUCAACUACCAGCCUCCAACCGUGGUUCCAGGUGGAGACCUGGCCAAGGUCCAGAGGGCUGUGUGCAUGCUGAGCAACACCACCGCCAUCGCGGAGGCCUGGGCUCGCCUUGACCACAAGUUCGACCUGAUGUACGCCAAACGCGCCUUCGUGCACUGGUAUGUUGGUGAGGGCAUGGAGGAGGGAGAGUUCUCCGAGGCCAGAGAAGACAUGGCUGCUCUGGAGAAAGAUUACGAGGAGGUCGGAGUUGAUUCCAUUGAGGGUGAAGGAGAGGAGGAAGGAGAAGAAUAUUAAAAGGCACAAGCAAACAGGAAAUUUGAGUUUCUUAUGUGUUUUUGAAGGCAUUCCAGAAAAGAGUCUGUUGCCAGAUUGGCUGUUUGAAAUUCUUACCAAUGUUCAUCUUGACUCCAAAUAAAAUCCUGUGACAAGUAAAA